GUCAAAAUAUGAAACGUGAGUCUGGAAGAAAAGUCCAGACUGGAAACAUCACAGCUGCUAAGACUAUUGCUGACAUUAUCCGAACGUGUUUGGGACCAAGAGCUAUGAUGAAGAUGCUUUUGGACCCCAUGGGUGGGAUUGUGAUGACCAAUGAUGGCAAUGCUAUCCUCAGAGAAAUUCAAGUCCAGCAUCCAGCUGCAAAGUCAAUGAUUGAGAUCAGCCGUACUCAGGAUGAAGAAGUUGGAGACGGGACCACAUCUGUAAUUAUCCUUGCUGGAGAGAUGCUCUCUGUUGCCGAACACUUCCUUGAACAGCAGAUGCACCCAACUGUGAUCAUUGGAGCUUAUCGGAAGGCGCUGGAUGACAUGAUCAGUAUUCUAAAGAAAAUUGGCACUCCAGUGGAUGUGAACAACAAAGAGAUGAUGCUUAAAAUAAUAAAGAGUGCUAUAAAUACGAAGGCGAUAAACCGCUGGUCGGACUUGGCUUGUAGCAUCGCUCUUGAUGCCGUUAAGACUGUGGAGUUUGAAGAAAACGGCAGAAAGGAAAUUGAUAUAAAAAAAUAUGCAAAAGUAGAAAAGAUUCCAGGUGGCUUUAGCGAAGACUCGUGUGUUUUGCGUGGAAUCAUGGUGAAUAAAGAUGUAACUCACCCCAGGAUGCGUCGCCUUAUUAAGAACCCGCGUAUUGUCCUUCUGGAUUGUUCCCUAGAGUACAAGAAAGGGGAGAGCCAGACCGAUAUUGAAAUAACGCGGGAAGAAGACUUUGCCCGCAUCCUGCAGAUGGAGGAAGAGUACAUUCAGCAGAUUUGUGAGGAUCUGAUGAGAGUCAAGCCAGAUCUAGUCAUCACGGAGAAAGGAAUUUCUGACUUGGCCCAGCACUACCUGAUGAAAGCCAACAUCACAGCAAUCCGCCGGGUGAGGAAGACGGACAACAACAGGAUCGCCAGGGCCUGCGGAGCUCGCAUUGUGAGUCGCACGGACGAGCUGCGGGAGGAGGAUGUGGGAACUGGAGCCAGGCUCUUUGAAGUUAAAAAAAUAGGAGAUGAGUAUUUUGCCUUCAUCACCGAUUGCAAAGACCCCAAGGCUUGCACUAUCAUUCUGCGCGGAGCCAGCAAGGAAAUCCUGGCAGAGGUGGAGCGCAACCUUCAGGACGCCAUGCAGGUGUGUCGCAACGUCCUCAUCGACCCGCAGCUGGUGCCGGGCGGGGGAGCUACCGAAAUGGCCGUUGCCCACGCGCUGACGGAGAAGUCCAAAGGCAUGACGGGUGUGGAGCAGUGGCCCUACCGUGCGGUAGCCCAGGCUCUGGAAGUCAUUCCCCGAACACUGAUCCAGAACUGUGGCGCUAGCACCAUCCGGGUGCUGACCUCGCUCAGGGCAAAACACACCCAAGAAGGCAGCCAGACGUGGGGAGUGAAUGGUGAGACCGGAGCCUUAGCUGACAUGAAGGACCUGGGGAUCUGGGAGCCGUUAGCGGUCAAAUUGCAGACCUACAAAACAGCCGUGGAGACUGCCGUUCUCCUCCUCCGCAUCGACGAUAUCGUUUCGGGGCACAAGAAGAAGGGCGACGAUAAAAGCAAGCAGCCGUCUGCGCCCGAGGCAGCCCAGGAGUAG